GAGGGGGAGGCGGAGGAGGGGGAGGCGGAGGAGGGGGAGGCGGAGGAGGGGGAGGCGGAGGAGGAGGAGGCGGAGGAGGAGGAGGAGGAGGAGACGGAGGAGGAGGAGGCGGAGGAGGAGGAGGCGGAGGAGGAGGAGGCGGAGGAGGAGGAGGCGGAGGAGGAGGAGGCGGAGGAGGAGGCGGAGGAGGGGGAGGCGGAGGAGGGGGAGGCGGAGGAGGAGGAGGCGGAGGAGGAGGAGGCGGAGGAGGAGGAGGCGGAGGAGGAGGAGGCGGAGGCGGAGGAGGCGGAGGCGGAGGAGGAGGAGGAGGCGGAGGAGGAGGAGGAGGAGGCGGAGGAGGAGGAGGCGGAGGAAGAGGAGGCGGAGGAAGAGGAGGCGGAGGAGGAGGAGGAGGCGGAGGAGGAGGAGGCGGAGGAGGAGGCGGAGGAGGGGGAGGCGGAGGAGGGGGAGGCGGAGGAGGAGGAGGCGGAGGAGGAGGAGGCGGAGGAGGAGGCGGAGGAGGAGGAGGCGGAGGCGGAGGAGGCGGAGGAGGAGGAGGAGGCGGAGGAGGAGGAGGAGGAGGCGGAGGAGGAGGAGGCGGAGGAGGAGGAGGCGGAGGAAGAGGAGGCGGAGGAAGAGGAGGCGGAGGAGGAGGAGGCGGAGGAGGAGGAGGCGGAGGAGGAGGAG